AUGGGAGCUGCCGCAGCUGAUCAAACCAAGGAGAUGGAAAGCAACGGCGAGCUUGUCCCUGCUGGCAUGAAGUGCCAUCUUCGGAACCUCUACGAGGGCGAGCCUGAUCGCCGUGGCCGUACCUCCUGGACCACCAAAUACCCGGCUGAUCUAGACGAGCCCCCAGAGAAUGCUGAAUCGGCACAGUAUGCGCUGGUCGCCCGCAACAAGAAAUGCUACGAUGGCAGAAGGAAGUUGCGUGUUGAGUCUAUCGUCAUCCAGAGCCCUCUCCUGAAGAAGGUUCUUGGUGUUGUUCUUGUGGGGUACCCUGGAAUCACUACGAAGGCGAAGGAGACUGCCAGUGACCCGGAAACAAAUGAACAUCUGGAUCUUCUAUGGGAAGUGCUCGAGGAAGAAUUGAGAGAUACGAUUCGUGAGAAGAAGGACCUCAUCGCCAACGGUGUGGUUACCUUCGAUAGCAUUUGGACGAUCUUUGAGCCGGGUAGCUUAGUAUACACGAAAGAAGAAGGCCACGACAGGAUCUUCAAAUUGAGGAAAGGGACAUACGGUUCCAACCAAUGUGGCCGCUUCUACGCUCUCAACGUGAGCUACAUCGAUUUCGACGGCGAGAACUUCGGACACGGUACGCAAACCUUGAAAAUUGGAGCAUUUGCGGGGACUGGGCCAAUCCGUCGUCUGUCUGCCUUUCCACUGGCAUACCAUCCUGACGCGGGAUCUAUUAAAAAGACCUUGAUCGCUAGGGGUGAGGUAUUUGAAGCUUAUAAGGGCUACCACUUCAAAGCCUAUCAAGGCAUUGCCAUGGGUCAAGGCGCCUGGGGUCCUAUCCGGUUUAGUGUCGACAGCCGUAUUAUCAUUGAUACUUACGCCUACAAUCGCUUCAAUCCGAACCGGAAAAUCUCUCUUGAAUACCUCAAACCCGAGGGCGAGGGCGAAGACGAAGACGACGAUUGCGACGAAUGUGACUCUGACAUGAGCUUCAUCGAUGGUAUUACCACACCGUCGAAUAGAAGUACUCCCUUGAGCGAAGACCAGCUCAUGCUCUGCACGCCAAAGUUGAGGGGAUACUCGUUGAAGGACAAGAAGUGGCUGAUAUUCUUUCUCCAUUCUGUCAAAGACAUCGUGUGGAACGACCAGGCCUUUGACUCUCUCGUUGCGCCUCCCGAGCAAAAGGAACUGAUCCUCGCAUUUGCACAGUCUCAAGCGAUGAACAAGCAGUUCUUCGACGAUUUCAUCCAAGGAAAAGGCCGCGGCAUCAUCAUGUUGCUCUCGGGCCCUCCUGGAGUUGGAAAAACGUUGACUGCAGAGUCCGUGGCUGAGACGAUGAAGGUUCCACUCUAUAUGAUGAGCGCUGGAGAUCUUGGAGAUGAUCCUUCUGACGUGGAAAGCUCGCUUUCUAACAUACUGGAGAUGAACACAAAGUGGAAUGCAGUGCUCCUUCUUGACGAGGCAGAUGUCUUCCUAGAAGCUCGGAGUGCGCACGAUCUGGAAAGGAACAAGCUUGUUUCGAUCUUCCUUCGACUUCUGGAGUAUUACGAAGGGAUCCUGUUCCUGACCACUAACCGGGUCGACAACAUCGAUGCUGCUUUCGAAUCGAGAAUCCACCUCUCUCUUCAGUAUGACGACCUAGAUCAAGCUUCGCGCCAUCACGUCUGGUCCACUUUCCUGUCCCGUUCAAGCAAUGUCGGCAAUUUCACGAGUCAGGAGGUAGACAAGCUGGCCGCGGUACCGCUGAAUGGAAGACAAAUCAAGAACAUCCUAAAGACAGCGCAAUUGCUUGCGAGUAAACAGGGGGGGGAUUUGAGAUACUCCCAUGUCGAUACGGUGAUGAGAUUGCGCGCUGCGAACGCCAGGAAGGCUUGAUAUGAUUCUGAAAGGGCACAUCUUCUGGCCUGAGGUCCUACACUGGUUCUGGAAGGGGUUUCAUCUGGAUUUCCAUUUGAAUGUAGUGUUUUGAAUUGAUUUUCUUGUAAUGACUGGAUGCUUGAUAUGAAC